AUGGAUAACCAAACAACUGUAAAAGACUUCUAUAUAGUAGCAUUUUCCAAGAAUGAAGGAAAAGAAUCCUUCAUAUUUCUACUUUUUCUCUUGAUUUAUUUAAUUGGAGUGUUAGCAAAUAUAGCCACAAUUGGUAUCAUUUAUACAAAUUACCAGCUGCAUACUCCUAUGUACUUCUUCCUCAGUAACCUCUCCUUUAUUGACAUCUGUUAUAUCACAGUCACUGUUCCUAAGCUGCUGAACAUAUUAUUAUCAGGGAAUAAUUCAAUAUCCUUUAACCAGUGUUUUACCCAGAUGUAUUUCUAUAAUUUUAUGGCCAUUUCUGAGACUAUACUGCUGUCCUCUAUGGCCUAUGAUCGCUAUGUUGCUAUUUGUCAACCCUUGCAUUAUCAUGUUUUUCUGAAUAAGAAGAAAUGUGCUAUGCUUUUGAUAGUGACAUGGGUAUCUGGAUGUGGGGAUUCACUGUUUUUAACAAUGUGUACUUCAAAGUUAUCCUUUUGUCAUUCUAAAAUUGAUCAGUUAUUUUGUGAUAUUAAGGCAUUGGCACAAAUCUCCUGUGCAAACAUGGGACUUUAUAUGAUCAUCUUUGCAAACUUUUUUGUAUUUGGACUCUGCACAUUUUUGUACAAUGUAAUAUCUUAUAUCAAAAUACUCAUCAGCAUUUUGCGCAUUCCAUCUACAACUGGAAGAAAAAAAGCUUUCUCCACAUGUACAUCCCACUUCACUGUGCUUAUACUGUACUAUGGGACUUCCAUGUGGAUGUACAUGAGACCAUCUUCAGUUAAUACAGAGGAACUGGACCAACUGUUCUCUACUGUUUAUAUUGCAGUCACUCCCAUGUUAAAUCCACUGAUAUACAGUUUAAGAAAUAAAGAUGUAAAGAAGGUUCUGAGAGUCUUGGUGAUGGGAAACAAACAUGGUACAUCCAAGCAGGCACUUUCUUCCAACAUUCCAAAAAGACAGAGAUAA